AUGGACGUCCGACGACGAUCAUCAUCAUCAUCAACCGCCAUGGGUGUGACACACCGGAAGAAGGAGGACUUGCUUGAUUAUUCUUCUGCUCUACCUCUCGUUCUAUACCUCACUAAUGCCAUCAUCUUCUUCACCCUCUUCUUCUCCGUUGUCCAUUUCCUCCUCCUCCGGUGGCGUGAAAAGAUCCGCCACUCCACUCCCCUCCAUGUCGUUACCUUCUCCGAGAUGGCAGCCAUUCUCUCCUUUGUGUCCUCCUUCGUCUAUCUCCUUGGAUUCUUUGGCAUCCAACCUUUCCUCUUCCCAAGAUUUUCAUUUUCAUAUGAAGAAGACGAAGAAGAAGAGGAAGAAACCAAACCACUUUCAGAUAUUAUUCAUAUGGAAGACACCGUCAAUUCUCCGGUGAUGGAGGAAGACGAGGAGGUGAUAAGGUCGGUGGUUGAUGGGGAAACACCGUCAUAUUCCCUGGAAUCGAAGCUUCACGACUGCAAACGUGCAGCCUUCAUCAGGAGACAAGCUUUAGAGAGAAUCACCGGAAAAUCCCUACAAGGUCUUCCCUUAGACGGCUUCGAUUACGAUUCCAUAUUGGGACAGUGUUGUGAGAUGCCAGUUGGUUACGUCCAGAUACCAGUGGGUGUUGCAGGUCCAUUGUUGCUCGACGGGAUGGAAUUCACGGUGCCAAUGGCCACCACUGAAGGAUGUUUGGUGGCCAGCACCAAUAGGGGUUGUAAGGCCAUUUAUGCCUGUGGUGGUGCCACCAGUGUGCUUCUCAAAGAUGGCAUGACUAGAGCUCCGGUGGUGAGGUUUGCCACCGCGAAAAGAGCUGCAGAAUUGAAAUUCUUCUUGGAGGAACCCCUCAACUUCCAAACUUUGGCUUCUGAGUUUAACAAAUCAAGCCGUUUUGGUCGGUUACAGAGAAUCACAUGUGCCAUCGCCGGGAAGAAUCUUUACAUCAGGUUCAAUUGCAGCACCGGUGAUGCCAUGGGGAUGAACAUGGUUUCCAAAGGAGUUCAAAAUGUUCUAGAUUAUCUCCGGUCAGAUUUCUCGGAUAUGGACGUGAUUGGCAUCUCCGGGAAUUAUUGUUCCGACAAGAAACCGGCGGCCGUGAACUGGGUCGAAGGGAGAGGCAAAUCGGUGGUAUGUGAAGCCAUCAUAAAAGAGGAGGUGGUGAAGAAGGUUCUGAAAACAGAUGCAGCUUCUUUGGUUGAGUUGAACACGCUCAAGAACCUUACUGGAUCCGCCAUGGCUGGUGUUCUUGGUGGGUACAACGCCCAUGCAAGUAACAUAGUCACCGCCGUGUACAUUGCAACCGGCCAAGACCCAGCUCAAAAUAUCGAGAGUUCUCAUUGUAUCACCAUGAUGGAAACAGUAAACAAUGGAAAGGACCUUCAUGUAUCUGUAACCAUGCCAUCGAUCGAGGUUGGGACCGUGGGUGGUGGCACCCAGUUGGCAUCACAAUCAGCGUGUCUGAACCUGCUUGGUGUAAAGGGUGCGAACCAAGAAUCACCAGGGUCAAAUGCAAGGCAGUUGGCGAAGGUGGUGGCAGGUGCUGUUUUGGCAGGUGAGUUGUCUUUAAUGUCCGCCAUUGCUGCAGGCCAGCUUGUGAAGAGUCACAUGAAGUACAACCGUUCGAAUAAAGCUAAAGAUGCCACCUCCAAGCAAGCGGAAGCCAUUGCAGAAGUGGAGUUCGUGCUUCUUUAACAAAAGCUAUGGAAGAAAUGGAUCCAUGAAUGUAUACAUAUAUAUCAUGUGUUGAUAACUUGUCUCUUCUUUGCUUCAUUCUUUUUCCCUCCAUGUCUUGUAU